CACAACUGAAAGCGGUUUUCCGAUGUGCAGAUGUCGAUAGUGGUACAAUUGUAUCGUUCCUAAAUAUUGUUAUAUUUUUGCCGAUAUCUUCGCCAUAAGACUGUACAAAUGACGAGUCCGAUCACUGUCAUCAAAAGUGUUGGGCCAAAAUUGGUACCAUUCUUCAAGACGACCUGCAUCUACUUCGUACUAUGGUUACCAGAACCAUCAGUUCUUGCAGCUGUGGUGAAGAUUCUCCCAAUUUUGUCAUUAGGUGGAUUCAUCCUAAUACACAGAGUAUCCUUCCCCAGCCUGCACCGCUUCUCGUAUGGCAUCCUUGCUGGCCUGUUCUUCUCCUGUUUUGGUGACAUCUUUCUGGUAUUCAAAGAGAAUUAUUUUAUCCAUGGUCUCUGUGCGUUUGCGAUUGCCCAGUUGAUUUACGCCAUCAACUUUGGAUUCAAGCCAUUCAAGUGGUCUGUCUUAUUGGUUUUGAGUUUGCUGAGUUUUGCCGUUUACGUUAUCCUGUACCCGAGCCUAUUUGGUCCCCUGGUCUACCUUGCAGCUGUCUAUAUCACCCUUCUAGGCUAUAUGACUUGGAGAGCGAUUGCCCGACUACAGUUCUUUGAACGACGAUGGACCUGGAGUAAAAUGUCAGGAUGCUUUGGUGCAGUAUUGUUCAGCAUUUCAGACCUUUUGAUUGGUUUAAAUAAAUUUGUGUUCCCAGUACCAUAUGUGCGUGUCAUUGUGAUGCUGACAUAUUAUACAGCACAGCUGGGGAUUGUUUUGUCAGUUGUAGAUUACCACAAAUGUGAUGAUUUGAAAAAUUGUGUAGAUGUCGACACAAAAAGUGAUGAUGUCAGCAAAAAGUGUAGUCUCAAUUUCCACAGUGCAGACAGUCCACUUAAGAAAAACGGCAUUAAAGUUGACUGA